ACUCAGCGUCAUGGCUGACGAGAUCGCCAAGGCGCAAUCUGCACAACCCGGAGGGGAUACGAUUUUCGGCAAAAUAAUUCGUAAGGAGAUUCCUGCUAAUAUCAUAUACGAAGACGACCAGUGCAUAGCCUUCCAUGAUGUGGCUCCGCAGGCUCCUACUCAUUUUUUGGUAGUCCCCAGAAAACCCAUUACUCAGAUCUCGAAAGCUGAGGACAGUGAUGCAGCACUUCUUGGACAUUUGAUGCUUGUUGGCAGGAAGUGUGCUGAGCAGGUGGGAUUGCCCAAUGGCUACCGGAUGGUGCUGAAUGAAGGCCCUCAUGGGGGUCAGUCUGUCUACCACGUCCACCUGCAUAUUCUGGGUGGCCGUCAGCUGGGCUGGCCUCCAGGCUAAGCUCCCCAAUCCUGAUCUCCACAUAAAGCAGCAUCAUUAAUUUCAGCAGUUGCUGGAGAAUUGUAGUGUUUGUCAAUAUCACCAUGCUAAGUUCUGUAAUGCCAUGUUAACCACUGAGGAUGAAACAGGGAAAAUAAUAAAUGCACUUACCAACUA